AUGGCUUCCAAGGCAUUAACCAAGUCCUUGCUCUCCUUCUACCGUUUCAUCCGGAGGAGACACAAAAGUCACACCCACGCAUCUCAUAUAAAGCUACAUAAAUACUCUUGUCACGACAAGCUUGUGACUAAAACCCUAGUGUUCGACGUCGAGGGUGGGCUUCUAAGAUCAUCAUCUCUCUUUCCAUACUUCAUGCUCGUCGCCUUGGAAGGAGGAGGGCUCAUAAGAGGCUUCCUCCUCUUGCUCCUCUAUCCAUUGCUAUGUUGUUUAGGCGAGGAGAGUGCGAUUAGAGCUAUGGUUUUGGUUUCUUUUUGUGGGCUAAAAAAAGACAAGUUUAGAGUAGGGAGGUCUGUGUUGCCUAAGUAUCUGAUCGAGGAAUUAGGGUUUGAAGGGUUUGAUACGAUGAGGAGAGGGAAGAAGAGGGUUUGUGUGAGUAGGAUGCCGAGGGUGAUGGUGGAAGGGUUCUUGAAGGAGUAUUUGGAGGUGGAGGUGGUGGCGGCGAGGGAGUUGAAGGUGGUUGGUGGGUUUUACACGGGUUUUAUGGAGGAGGAGAAGAAAGCAUUAGGGUUAGAGGAGUUGCUUGGAGAAGAGGAGGGAGUUGAUGCGGAUGCUUUUGGUUUUGGAUGUUACCCCAAGUCUCUUCAUCCUUAUUUGUUCUCUGUUUGCAAGGAUAUUUAUACAGCCGACAAUAUUACUUUAUGGAUCAAAAUGUUAGACAAUUAG